AUGUCAAACGAAAGUAUAAUAUACACCGAUGAGGAGGAUGAAUCAUUUCAAGAAGAAACAAGAACAUAUGAAGGGGACAUUAAAGCGAAAAAAGAUAAUAUAGAAAUACCCGCCACUAAAGACGGACUUUAUCACUUACACGGCACACUUUCGAGGACAACUACAAGAGAAAUCAAUGAAGGAGAAGAUGACGAGGAGGAUGGGGAAGAUUCAUCACUUGAUACAGUUCCGGAUGAAGAAAAAUUAGAACAAACCUCAGAAUCUACAGCUCCUUAUACAUUAUUAUCAUAUAAACAGAAAUGGGGAAUGGUUUUCCUAUUAGUCAUGUGUGGUUUUUGGUCAUCAUUAGGUUCUCCGAUUUAUUAUCCUGCAUUACGUCAAUUAGAAAAGGAAUUCAAUAUGGAUGAAAACAAAGUAAAUGUCACAGUUGUUGUGUAUUUAUUAUUUCAAGGGAUUGCACCAACGGUUAGUGGUGGGUUAGCAGAUGUCUUUGGCCGUCGUCCCAUUAUCUUAGGUGGUAUGGUAAUUUAUGUUGUCGCAUCUAUUGGUUUGGCGUGUGCUCCUUCUUACGGUGUUAUUUGCUUCCUAAGAUGUAUUCAAAGUAUAGGUAUAUCUCCUACCAUUGCUAUUAGUUCAGGUGUUGUUGGUGAUUUCACAUUGAAACACGAAAGAGGUACAUUUGUUGGCGCUACUUCUGGAUUAGUCUUAUUAGGUCAAUGUUUUGGUAGUUUGAUAGGUGCAGUUUUAACAGCUCGUUGGGAUUGGAGAGCAAUUUUUUGGUUCUUAGCCAUUGGUUCUGGUGUAGCUCUUAUCGUUGCAGCUUUUACAUUACCUGAAACUAAGAGAACUAUAGUUGGUAAUUUAUCAAUAAAACCAAAAAAUAUUCUCAAUAGAGCCCCAGUUUUCUUAUUAAAACCAGUUCAGAAAAGAUUUAAAUAUGAUAAUCCUGAUUAUGAAACAUUAGAUAAAACAAUACCAAGAUUAGAUUUAGCAUCUGCAUUCAAGAUUUGUGCUUUACCGGAAAUUCUUUUAUCUUUAUUCCCAGCAGGAUUACAAUUUGCACUUUGGACAUUAAUGCUUUCCUCCAUCUCUUCCACUCUAAGUGCUCCACCAUAUAAUUAUAGAUUAACUAUCAUUGGUGUUUGUUAUUUACCAGGUGGUGUUGGUGGAUUAUUAGGUUCUAUGUUAACGGGUAGAUUUCUAGAUUAUAUUUAUAAGAAGGCGUUAAGAGAUUUUGAGAAAAAGAAACAAAAUGGUACCAUUCCAGAAAAUGAAGAAUUUAAUACUAUUAAAGUUCGUCUAAAUGCCAUUAUACCACAAAAUUUCAUUGCAGUCAUUUCAUUUUUAUUAUUUGGUUGGAGUGCUGAUAAAGGGUGGAAAAUACCUGCAAUGUUAAUUACAUCCUGUGUGAGUUCCUUUUGUGCCAUGAGUACAUUAUCUUCUUCCACUACGUUAUUAGUGGAUUUAUACCCUAAAAAGGCAUCUACAGCUAGUAGUUGUUUCAAUUUCAUUAGAUGUAGUUUAAGUUCUAUCUUUAUGGGUUGUUUUGCCAAGAUGAAGUUUGCAAUGACAGUUGGAGGAACAUUCACAUUCAUGGUAGGAUUGAUUCUAGUUGGUAAUUUUCUAAUGCUGAUCCCAAUGAAAUAUGGUAUGGAAUGGAGACGAGAGAGAGAAGCUAAAGAACAAGCAUUGUUGGAACAGAAGUUAAACGAAAGUAUGGACGGCAACGAUGACGAUAACUCACAAUCUAAAGAUAAGAAGAAGUAUCUUCUAUUCUAA